AUGGAAAAGAAGCAGUCUUUCUUCUCCGCUCUUAAAGACGAGGUCGUACGCGGCCUCUCCCCGUCUCGUUCUCGUUCCGCCAGCCCCGCCCGGACUGCCUCUCCCAUUUCGGGUCUCCUCCGCCGCAAAAAACACAACCCGGACACCUCCGUCGCGAGAUCCGUCAGUCUCCGCCCGCUGGGGGAGACCCUCACGCCUCUCAUCGAGGGACCCGACCCGGACGGCACUGAAAACGGGGAUCCGAAGCGUAUCGGGUCGGGACUCGGACACUGGAUGAAGGGCCAGCUGUCACGUGCGCCGUCCGUGUCCUACAAGAGGUCUGAUCUGAGACUCCUUCUCGGCGUCAUGGGUGCCCCACUCGCGCCCGUUCACGUGUGCGCCACCGACCCUUUGCCUCAUCUCAGCAUCAAAGACACUCCCAUUGAAACUUCUUCUGCCCAAUACAUAUUGCAGCAAUACACAGCAGCGUCUGGGGGGCUAAAGUUGCAGAACUCUAUAAGAAAUGCUUAUGCGAUGGGGAAGGUUAGAAUGGUGGCUUCUGAAUUUGAAACUGCGACUAAGGUAGUCAAGAACCGGAAUGCUUCUAGGUGUGCAGAGUCUGGCGGAUUUGUGCUCUGGCAGAUGAACCCCGACAUGUGGUAUGUGGAGCUUGCAGUUGGUGGCAGCAAGGUUCAUGCGGGCUGCAAUGGCAAGCUUGUCUGGAGGCACACGCCUUGGCUCGGUGCUCACACGGCCAAGGGACCAGUGAGGCCUUUGCGGCGGGCUCUUCAGGGUAUUGAUCCUAGAACCACUGCCGGUAUGUUCGCUGAUGCCAGAUGCAUAGGAGAGAAAAACAUCAAUGGUGAGGAUUGCUUCAUCCUGAAGCUUUGUACUGACCCUGAAACAUUGAAGGCUCGGAGUGAGGGUCCUGCUGAAAUCAUAAGGCAUGUCUUGUUUGGCUACUUUAGCCAGAAGACUGGUCUUCUUGUUCACAUUGAGGACUCUCAUCUGACACGCAUCCAAUCUAAUGGCGGUGAUGCAGUUUAUUGGGAAACCACAAUCAAUUCAUUCCUCAGUGAUUACAAGCCUGUGGAAGGUAUAAUGAUUGCCCAUUCGGGGCAUUCUGUGGUAACCCUUUUCAGGUUUGGGGAGAUGGCCAUGAGCCACACUAAAACAAAAAUGGAAGAGGCCUGGACGAUCGAAGAGGUUGCCUUUAAUGUUCCAGGUCUUUCAGUAGAUUGCUUCAUUCCCCCAGCUGAUUUGCGGACAGGUUCUGUUAGUGAAGCUUGUGAACUUCCUCAGGAUGAAAGAGGAAAAAACUCACUAGCAGUACACCGAGCCAAAGUUGUUGCACUGGAGAAAUCACAUAACUGCAGCAUUGAUAACAUGAUCUGGAAGAUGGAAAUCUAA